AUGACCGAUCAUCGCAGUGGGCCUGUGCCCAACUCUACGCUGCCGUUCUGGCGAACAGACCUGCAUCCGUUGGAUUCCCAUCGGAGUACGCCAACAUUACCACAGGAAUGCGACAUCGCCAUCAUCGGUGCAGGGUUCGCGGGCGCGGCGCUAGCGCACUACAUCUUCGAAGACAACCCAACACCGCCUUCGGUCGUGAUACUUGAAGCGCGAGAGGCGUGCUCAGGCGCGUCAGCCCGGAAUGGCGGCCAUUUGAAACCAGACGUCUACUUUCAGCUCGCUGGACAUGUCAAAAAGUUCGGCGUCAAGAAGGCAGCGGAAGUAGCGCGCUUCGAAGCUUCGCAAGUCCAUGCUAUGAAAGCACUCGUUGAGAAGGAGAAAAUCGACUGUGAUUUUGUGCUCACCCGGGCAUGUGAUGCCACCAUUGACCCUGGCCUUGCGAAAGAGACCGAUGACGCCUUUGCGGAGCUGGUCAAAGAAGGCGAGAUAGACGUCACCGACGUGUAUCAUGCGAAAGCGAAGGAUGCAGAGAGGCUUUCCGGAGUCAAAGGCGCUAAAUCUUGCUUCACCUUCACCGCCGGGCAUAUCUGGCCCUAUAAGAUGAUCAUGCACCUGCUCCAAGGCGCGGUGUCCAAGGGAGCCAAUCUGCAGACCAACACGCCCGUUACCCACAUCUCCGAGUCACCGCAGCCAAACGGCAGAUGGCUCGUAACUACCGAACGAGGCACGAUCGCAGCAAAGAAGAUCCUGUUCGCCACCAACGGCUUCACGCGCGACCUCGCACCACAGUUCAGAAACCACAUCAUCCCAGUACGUGGUAUCUGCAGCCGAAUUGUGGUUCCGGAAGGUCGAACGCCACCCUUUUUGCCCUACACGUACAGCAUCCGGCACGGGCCAGGUAUCUUCGACUACCUCAUCCCACGAGCAGACGGCAGCAUCAUUGUGGGCGGCGCCAAACCCAACUUUUGGUCCGAUCGGUCCCACUGGUACAACGUCACCGAUGACAGCAAGCUGAUCGAGCCGGCGAAGUCAUAUUUCGAUGGCUUGAUGCAGCGGACCUUCGCUGGGUGGGAGAGUAGUGGCGCUUAUACCGACAAAGUCUGGACAGGAAUCAUGGGCUGGAGCUCCGACUUCAUGCCCCACGUCGGCGACGUGCCAGGGAAGCCCGGUCAAAGCAUGCUCGCAGGUUUCUCCGGGCACGGCAUGCCGUUGAUUCUGCUGUCGGCCAAGGGCGUGGUGCAGAUGCUGCGGGAGGGAAAGUCGUUCGAAGAAACGAAUAUUCCGUCGCUUUUCAAGGCUACGGAAGAGCGUUUGGCGAGCACGAGGAAUGAUAUCCUGGGCACGGAUGGGGCGCGGGAACCAGAACUUCGCAGCAAAUUAUAA